AUUGCUUUGGAUAAAACUACAGAAAAUCUGCAGCAGGCCCACCACGAGACACAGCAGCUCAUCCACCAGUGGGAAAACACCAUCAAGCAGAUGAAGCAACGAGAUGCUGAGAUGCAGCAAUGUGCUCUGCAAGUAGCCCAGUCCAACCAGAACAUCAGGGAGAGGAAUGCCACCGUAAUAGAGAAGAAGCAAUUGUUGGACACUCAGAGAAACAACAACAAGGAAAGUGAGAGGAAGAUAACAACGUCCAAAAGUCAGGCUGUGAGGUUGCGGCAGGAUCUGAGGGAGCAGGAGAAUAACUGCACCAGGCUGAAGGAUGAGCUGGAUACUUGCAAAGGCACACUGGACAGAGCAACCUCCGAUGUGGAGUCUGUAAACUCAAACAUAUCCGGAAUAAAGAAAGACAUCCAGGAUAACAAUGACAAACUGAUGAAGGCCAGGGCCUUUAACGUUGCUCUGGAGCAGAAGCUGAGAGUUGUAACUCAGAGCGCCCUCGGUGAGGAGGACAGAGCUGCACAGAUGGACCUCCUCCUCAAAGAUGAAGAACACACAAUCAAGGAGUUGGAUGUCCAGCUGCAUGACUGCAGGGAGGAGUUUUUUUGUCGUAGAGAGCGUUUGCAGGUCCUCAAGACAAAAGAGAAGAAUUCUAUUGCCCAGGUAUCCAGGAGUAAGUCCACCAUCAUCAGCCUGGAGAGCCAGCUCACAAAACUGGAGAGCGAAUUGAUGAAACAGCAGGAGACUACCGGUGAACAGGACAACCUGAUUGCCAUCCUGAAUAAAAAACUGGCACGACUGCAAGGCGAGGUUCACUCUGAUGAAAAAGAAAUUCUGGACAUAAAGGUGGCUGAGCUGACCGGAGCCCUGGAGCAGAAGAGGAAGGCGGCCAACAUGCUUACCAACACGCUGAAGGAGUCUGAGGAUGAUAUUCGCUAUUUGAGGAAAGAGAUGGAGAAGUCGGAGGCUCAAAAGAGAAAUCUGGCCGACAAGGUGGAGGAGCUUAUUCUUCUCCGUUACACCAACGAAAAGGAGCUGAAGAGACUCCGGAUCAUGAAACAGGACAACAUGGUGGAGCACAACGUCAUGAAGCUAGAGGUGAAGCGUCUGAGGGAUCUGCUGUACGACAAGACGGGCAGCGUGCUGUCUCUGGAGAAGAGGAAGCUGAAGCUGCAGAAAGCCAUAAAGGACAGAGAGGAGGAGGUCAAGGUGUACCGAGAAAUGCUCGGCCAGCAGAUGAAGAUCAGUGAGCACGAGAGGCAGAAACUCAGUGCUGAACUGAAUGACAAACUGUCCAAAAUCGACUUGAUGAAGAAACGUUUCGAGAUUGUGAUGCUUUCAAUGGCAGCUCCUGAGGGGGAAAAGGAAGAAACGCAGGCUUACUACAUUACAAAGACUGCACAAGAGAAAGAGGAGCUCAAGAGGAAGGGGGACAGUCUGGAUGCUACAAUCCGCAAGAUGGAGCUGGAAAACAGAGCUCUGGAGAACACCAUCCAGCUGUUCAACAACAGCAACUCAUCAUUUCGCAAAUCCCUCAACAAAGUCAAUGAAUCCAGUCCAGAGCACCAGGAAAAAGUUAAACUGCAAGAGCAGUUGAGGGCGGCAGAAGUGACGCUGAAGUACAAGAAAAGACAGGUCCAAGAGCUCCAACAGGACGUACAGGUUCAUUCUAAUUACAGCCGCCCUUACUAAAUACGUCCUCCUUUAUCUGUGACCUAUCUAUAACACUGCACCUAUUUCCUUUAAAUUGGAAUACAUCCUCCAGAAGUGGCCUAGAAAACGUAUUUCUCCCAAUACAUUCAUUGAUAUUUUCCGAAUAGAACAGAUAUACAACACAAAAGCAUUUGGUCAAUAUAAUAGUGAUGGAACAAUGACAACACCAAGAAAGAAUAAAUACUAGAAAACCACAAACAGUACUCGGACCAAAACGAAGGAUAACAUUAGUCAAAUAAAAAAACAUCAAUAUAUGUAUGAUAAUAAUCAUGACAAAUACUACAACAUAAAGUAUAAGUUGUGUUUCAGUCUGCUGGACGACACUUCACAAUACAGGGUAAAAUUAUUGCUCAACCAUUUUUAAUCCAUAUGGUGUGUGAAGCAGGUAUUUGAGAUUUCCUCUAGGGGAGGGGGUAGCCCACAAUUUAAAGGGGACAU